ACGUGACGAAAAGAUGGCAGCGCCCUGUGGGAGUCGAAUGCGUUGAGGGCGUCGGUGUAGUGUGUGGAUUUCGUGUUUUCAGAGUUUUGUGUGCUCUCUCGCGUAGGAAUAACGUGGAGUACGAGGGGAUGAGGCUUUUCGCGUGCAUUCAUUCAGGAUAAGCCAGCUUCGGCCCCGUGCUUCUCGUAUGGGUUCGGAUCAUUUCCGACCUGUGCUCUUCGGACAUCGCUCGGUCGUUCGAGUUCAAAAGAGUUCUAAAGAUUUCGACAGCUCGUCUUGCUCCGUCACUUUGCUAACUGAGACAAACGACCCUAAAAACAAGACCAUGCCGAGUACCUGCGCCGCUAUUGACUGUGCCAACAGGGGUAGCCGGGACUCGGCGAUCUCGUAUCACAGAUUCCCACUGAAUGAUCCGGAACUCCUGAAGGCGUGGAUGGAGAAAAUGCCUUUUCGAGACUGGACGCCCAGUAGGUGGUCCAAAUUGUGCUCAGUGCACUUUGCAGACAACUGCUUCUACCAGCUGAACAAUAAGACAUACCUCAAGCAAGGAAGUGUGCCAACGGUGUUCAGCUCUCCUGCAAGUAAGACAAAACGGUCACCUCGGAAGCGAUUAAGAUCGCAGUCUGACCAGGCCUCCCUUCUGUGCCAGCAACUGAAGCAAAGACAUAGGUCUAGUUCUCCGGAAAGGCAGCCUGGAUCAACAACCGAGCAGUCAUCCCCAGGAGAGGCCCAUGCCGCCGCUGGUUCUGGAAGUAGUGUAGAGAUGGUUACUUCCCCCUCUUCGGCUACGACGUCAGAGACUCCCCCUGAAGCUGUGUUCAUGCGACACAACACUUCCUCCGGUGACCACUCAUAUGCAGCUGUGUCCCCACGACUGCAGAGGGUCCUCCUGGCCACGGGGAAGCACGAGCUGCAGGAGGUGAGGAAACUGUUGAAACAGGCUAAGAAGGAGACCAGUCGGAAGAUGGCCAGGAUUAGGAAGCUGAACACGCUGCUCUGUCAACUGAGAUCACAACUUCCUAAGCCAGCAGUUAGAUACUUGACAAUGCAUUCACCAACACAAUGGGCAACCUCCUCCUAAAAAUAGUUAGGCACAACAAAAAUGCAUGUACAGAGGAUGUGCGCAAGUUUGCCCUUGCACUCCAUUUUUACUCAGCAAAGGUGUAAAGCUUUCUGCGGAAGCAUGUCAAGCUACCACACCCAAGCACCCUGUGGAAAUGGGCAGUGGUGGUGGAUGCACAACCAGGAUUCACCCAGCAGUCACGGCAUCAUCCGCAACGACUGCGUCACCUCUGCAAAGCAUGCACUUGUUAGCCAACAGAAACUGGAACAUCCCCCUGGGCUACGCCCUCAUUGAUGGUCUGGACGGCAACGUUCAUGCCAACCUGGUACGGGAGUAAUCAUCAAACUGAAGGAAGCUGGAGCCGAGUGCAUAAGUGUGACCUUUGACAGGACAAACCACAGCAUUACCAUGCUCACAGCGCUCGGAGUGCACUUUGCUCAGAUGCUGAAGAGGUUGUUCAGCAAUCCAUCGGACCCCACCAGCAGGCUCCACGCUGUCUUGCGACGCCACAUGCUAAAGCUCAUGCGCAACCAGCUGGACGAAAGAGGGUGCAUCAGAGAUGGGGCAGGUAGGGUCGUGGCCUGGCUCUGAACAACCUGCAGCAGCAAGAAGGCCUUCACGCAGCCAAUAGGCUCCGAAAGCAGCACAUGCUUAGACCAUGACCUAAAAAUAGGGAUUCCCCAUUGCAGCACCUCCACUUUUAAUGCCACUUUUCUACCCCAGACCUCCAUUGAUUGGAAUCGCCUUCCCACACAUAUAGUCUCAAUAACUAACACUGUUGAUUUUAAAAAUGUUAUUACCAACUUUUUCUAGAUGUUGCAUAGUGUGUGUUUUUUUUGUUGUUUUUUGCCUCACUUAACUAUGCAACUUUUAUGUGUUAACCGCCCACUCCCCUCUGUAUUGCUUUCGUGCCCUGAGGGAAUAAUAAAUGAAAUGAAAUUGACUUUGAGAGACAAAAGAUGAAGGUGCCAUUGUCAGCCCAAACCUUGAGCUGGUCCGUCAGCUGUGCCCUGUGUUGAAGCCACUGCUUCAACACUAACUUGUUGCCCCAAAUUCGGGGGAACUGCCCCAUGGAGCGAACCGACGUCAUCAGCUUUGAAACCACGCCAACCAUUGGCCAAAUGUCAACUAAAAUUCCCUUUCCCAAGUGAAGCCGAUUUCUGAUGGAUUAUGCUCCCAUUGGACGGUGCACGUCAUCAAGGAACGCAGCUCCUAUUGGCUCUUGUUCUUCGUAAUUCCAAAAAAAGCCACCAGAGAAGCCCUCUCCAUGGCGGCGCAGCGCACGCAGCAGCGCGGCCGCCGGUAGGAGGAUGGAGUGGAGGCUGCAGAGCCAACAGAGCCCGUCCGGGCUGAUUCCAGAGAGGUCGCACGGCCGAGCUCAGCGCGGCGCGGCCACUUCACGAAAGCGCGCGCGCUAGGCCGUCUGCCGGCGAAACGUGGCCGUCCACGCCACUACGCCGCAGACGAACUAAGGAAGUGGAAGAACAUUUAUGCUUUCGCAUUCACAACUCAUAAGAAGUGUUUGUUUUUUGUGUGUGUGUGUGUUCUUUUGCCGCAGCCCCUCAGACAUAUGUAUGUCUGGAAAUAAAGAUUAUUUUUAUUAUUAACUCACGCA